AUGGUGGCUGGUAAGCCUUUCUUCAACAAAUCUGAUGCACCAGAGUUCGUGUUCCGCGUCUUCACCAAUGUCCCUGAAUUCCAGGCUCUCCUCUUCCUCCUUUUCCUUCUCCUCUAUCUGAUGAUCGUCUGUGGCAACGCUGCUAUCAUCUGCGUGGUGUGCACGCACAGCUCCCUGCGCACACCCAUGUGCUUUUUCCUGGGUAGUCUGUCAUUUGUGGAAAUCUGCUACACCACAGAUGUGGUGCCCUUGAUGCUCUCCAACAUCUCGGGUCAGAAGCCCAUAUCACUGGCUGGCUGUGGAGUACAAAUGUUCUUUUUUUCUACCUUUGGCUGCACUGACUGUUUUCUCCUGACAGUCAUGGCUUAUGACAGAUAUGUGGCCAUCUGCCAUCCACUACACUACGGUCUCAUCAUGACCCAGAAGUUGUGUGUCCAGAUGGUGCUGGGGUCCUUGGGCCUGGCACUCCUUCUCUCCUUGCAGCUUACUGCCUUCACCUUCACGUUGCCCUUCUGUAGACACCACCUGGAAAUCAACCACUUCCUCUGCGAUGUGGCUCCUCUCAUGCGCCUGGCCUGUGCUGAUAUCCGUGUGAACCAGGCAGUCCUCUAUGUAGUGAGCAUCCUAGUGCUGACACUCCCAUUCCUGCUGAUCUUUAUUUCCUACAUAUUUAUUGCCAAUACCAUUUUGCGCAUGCGCUCUGCAGAGGGUCGCCAGAAGACCUUCUCCACUUGCUCCUCCCACCUCACUGUGGGUUUGCUGCAAUAUGGCUGCUGUAGCUUGGUGUACCUGAGGCCUCGCUCCAGCAUCUCAGAUGAUGAGGACCGCCAAAUUGCCCUGGUUUAUACCUUUGGUACCCCGUUACUCAACCCUCUGAUUUACACCCUCAGGAACAAGGAUGUCAAAGAUGCUCAGAGGAACUGCAUCUUCCAUGCAGCAGCUCUUGACAGGAGUUGA